UCCUUCUGUAGCCUAACUUGUAUCAUAAUUGGGUGGAUGGAUUGGUGGGGAGAAAUUUUCCCAGUGGGAUUAGCUAUAAUGUAUUAUUGAUCUCUCAGCAAUCAGAAGGCUUCAUUUCUUUCUGCCAGGACAGUGGAUUUCAACCUGUGGUCCACGAGGCUGCUGGCGUUUUGUGACUUGUUCCUAAAGACUCAACAGAAGGUAAGUGAGAAAAGUAAACCUCUUGCUGGUAGAAUUCAAUUCCAUAGGAGCUUGCACCUUCACUGGAAAUCUUAGGGGGCUACAAGAUUGAAAAAAAAUAAAAAUGAAAAACACUAAUGAAUCAUGAGAAAGCCAGUUACACCUGCCAAACAAAUGUUUCUGCAAUUGAAGUAGCUACUGAUUGCUGUGAUAUUCUUUCCCUGCUCUACUGUAAGGUCAGUCAUUUUUUUUUCCAAACUGUUCAUUGUCUCGUAAUGGGAAUCUUUCCCUCCCUCCUCUUUGGUCUUUACCUGAUCAGCGUACAGAAGUGCAAGGCUCUGAUAGCCUGAACACAACAGUGUCGUCCCUUUUUAUGUAAUCUCGAUGCUGAAGGGCUUGCUUGGGUGCUUAACAGUGUGUUGCAAACUUAGGUGAACGCUUUCCCUCAGGAGUAACCUGCCACGAAUGGAACCACAGUAUUUUGUAGUCCUAACUAUAUAGUUAUGUUUAUAUUAAAAGAGAAGGUAAGUUGUAGAUAACUUCGGGGGGCGGGGGGUAAGACAUGUCUCUGCUCUAGCAAGUUGGCAGAGUGCUUUAGUAGGGCCUUUUCUAUAACUUAAGGAGUGGUCAGAAACAGAAGUAUGCAUUUAAAUGCUACAGACGCUGCACACAAAGAUUAUGUAACAAGAUUUUUCUAUUAUAGUUAUUGUGGUCCGAGUUGUAUGUAUUUCAAAAGAGUAAUCUGAUGUAGUUCACAGCCCUGGAAUGCAAACCUGAUACUUUAAAAGUAGUGAAAAGUCAUUCCAACUAACUGCACGUAAAAGGUUUUACAGAAAAUAGUUCCUAUAAUUUUAAAACUAAAACUAAUACAAAAAAAAAAAUCUAAGUUAACACAGGUCAUGAGUUUGUUCACUUUUAGGUAAAGCAGUAAUAAAUUUCAAACAAUAUACAAUUGUGGAUAUCUAGCAAGAUCCUUCUAGAUGGAUAUCUAGGCAGAUAGUUCUAGAAGCAGGUGUCCUGUUUUCAUUCCUGUAAUCUGAGGUACUGCAUUAUGCACUGUACACUACUCAUGCUGGCCACGCUUGCAAUGAAUGAUCAAAGUGCCGAUUCACAGAAUCUGAAGCCCCUUUGAACAACUAUUGGUACACUCCACAGCUGUUAGUGAGGCCGGCCAUGUGCUGAGCUCAAGGUACUAGCCCACUUGGGACCCUGGGGCAUGAGGCAGCUGAGGGAAGCUCUGAGCACUCUGCCAGCUGCUUCUGUCACUGCUCGGCCUCCUGAGGGGCAGUGCCUCUCUCGGGCAGUUUGAAAUGUUAAGUGUUGCCACGCGUGCCAGGGUGAUGGUCAGUGCCGAAAGGCAGGAUCCUUGAGAUGGAGAUGUGGGUGGUGUAAGGGUGCACCUCCUGCAGCUGAGAAAGUUAAGGGUUGUAGCAGGUUGGACUUUAUCCCAGACAUGCUUUCAGUGCUGAAAAGAAAGUUGUGAAGAAUUCCUAAAAGAUAACAGCUGUGGCUAUGUCAAAUCCCAGCACUAUGUGCCAAAAACCCAGUGUGGAUAGCUGUGCUGCACAGGAUGUCCUGUUUUACCACAAUCCAGAUUAGUGUUUUAUAGCCGUGUCCUGAUAGAGCUCUUCCCUAGAACAGGGAUGGCAGCCAAGUGGUAGAUGUACCUGUAAGCCCACUCGCUCUCUUCCCUGUGGUCUGCAGGCACAAACCUUUAGAAAGACCAUGAUGUGGGAAAAUGGCUGUUGCGUCAGUGAUGUGUGUAAAUUUAGGCACGUUGUUGUAGGCAUGUAGCAGCUGUGGCAUAGAUAGGCUUUAUGCUUUUAUACUUGGUGCCUAUUAGUUUGCCUCUGUAUUAUUGAACAUAGUGGAAGUGAAUUCCUCUCUGGUUUUAUCUUUUUUUCUUGGUGUAUGUGUGUGUAUAGCUGUAGUAGUUGUAGUGAGGCACAUGCUAAGAAAGGGCACCAAGGAGUGCUGUGUCCUAGUAACCAGCUAGGAGAUGAGUAUUUCUGUACUUCUCAAUUUCAGACCCUAAGAUUUUCCAAAUACUCUUUUGAGCUGAAAUAGUCUGUUCCUGAUCUCCACUCACAAAUUACCCUUUAAUAAAAAAAGUAAACAAAGCAAAAGCAGGCCUUUGAGCUGUUAAGACAGAUUUCCCCCGCUGUGGUCUAAUCAAAUGAUCCCUUUGCUCAGCACAAACAUCCAUGACAAGGAGUGUGAAGCUGAGCUGGAGCCCCUCCUCACUAUGUCCGCUCAGAAGGAGAAGUGCCCAUUAAUUUGAAAAAGGAGAUGAUAAAAAGCUAGGAACUACACAAAGAAAGCUUGUGGUAGGCUAAUUUAUUUGUUCCUUCCCACAAGAGCCUCUGUUCAUGCCCAAAGGGCAGGGGCUGGAUGUCCCAAGGCGGCCUCGCAGUCCUCCGAGAUGUACGUCCAGGCAGCAGGGUCCCAUUUCCACAGGGGAAAGGCGAAGGGGGCCACCAUGCCGCUGCUCCUGCCCAGCUGCAGGGCGGUUGGAGGCCUGGGAGAGCUGCAGCCCUCCCGACCGAGCGGCCGUUGGAGGCCUGAGGGUGGUUGCCCCAGGCAGGGCCCUGUCGGGCUCCAUCCCCUCACAGAGCGGGUCAUGGGGUGGCACCGGGCAGCGGCCGUGGGGGCACUGCUGGGGCUGCUGCUGGGCCUGGUGGGGUGUCCCACUGCCCUGGGGGACGUAUCCGGGGACCUGCGUGUCACCGCCAGAUGGGUGACGGUGCCACGGCAGUUGAGCCCCCGGGCCGACACCAAUGCCCUGACCGUCUCCUACUGGCUGGAGGUGGCGGGGCGGCCGUGGGUGCUGCGCCUGCAGCCCCGGCGGGGCCUGGUCUCCCGCCCCUUCACCUUGGUCACCUACAGCAAGGAUGGGGCCCGCUGGGAGGAGCACCCCUUCGUGCAGGACAACUGCUUCUUCCAGGGUGAGGUGCAGGGGAGCCCCGGCUCCCUGGUGGCCCUUGGCACCUGCGGCAGGGGCCUCCACGGCGUCCUCUGGGUGGAGGAUGGCACCUAUGAGAUUGAGCCCAUCCCCAAUGAUCCGGCCUUCCGGCACAUCCUCUACCGCAUGGAGGAGGCCAGCAACCCCGUGGGUCCCACCUGUGGGCUGACCCUGGAGGAGCUGAAGCACCAAAAGACUUUGCUGCCCUGGUUCAAGGCCCCCCAGACAGAGGAGGAGGAGGAGAUGGUGAAGGACUGGUGGACACACAUCAGGUAUGUGAAGAUAGUAGUGGUCGUGGACAAUGUGCGGUUUGUGAAGUCGGGCAGGAACGAAUCCGAAGUCUUGAGGCAAGUCAUAGAAAUCAUCAACAUUGGGGACUCCCUGUAUGAACAGCUUUCCGUUCGGCUGUUUCUGGUGGGAUUGGAGAUCUGGACCAAAAGCAACCUUAUAAACAUUACUAACUCUAUCAACAAGGCACUUGGUGACUUUAACAAGUGGCGGAAGUCAAACCUGUCUCCACGGAUGCGCCAUGAUACCGCUCAUUUAUUUGCAUUUCAGAGCUUUGGAAGCAGCCUGGGAUUGGCGUUUGUAGGGUCUGUCUGCGAUAACCAGUGGUCAUCAGCAGUCGAUUCUUUCACUGAUAGGAAGUUGUCCUCAUUCAUUAACACCUUUGUCCAUGAGUUGGGCCAUAAUCUUGGGAUGCGCCACGAUAAGCCGGGCUGUAAAUGCAGACGAAAGAAAUGCAUUAUGCAUGAAAGCAGUGUUGCCACUGAUGCAUUCAGUGACUGCAGUUACCGAGACUACUUUGACCUGCUGGGGCGUGGCGCCAACUGCCUUCGCCAGCCACCAGAACCUGGCACUUUCUACACCAUGAAGCGUGAAUACUGUGGGAAUAAGAUAGUAGAAGGCGAAGAGCAAUGUGACUGUGGUUCAGAAUCAAACUGCAGAAAGGAUCCUUGUUGUCACCCAAACUGUACAUUUACUGCAGCUUCCGUCUGUGCUUCUGGAAAAUGCUGCAAAAGAUGUCGGGUCCUUCCAGCAGGAACGCUCUGCAGAGCAAGCACUGGCAACUGUGACCUGCCAGAGUAUUGCAGUGGGACUUCCCCUCAGUGCCCGCCGGAUGUGUACAUGCAAGAUGGAACCCCUUGCAAAGAUGGUGCUUAUUGCUAUCGAGGAAAAUGUUCUUCCCACAGUAAACAGUGCCAGCAUCUCUUUGGCAAAAAAGCAAAGGCCGCUCAUUUAGAUUGCUUCAAAGCAGUGAAUACUCGAGGUGACCGGUUUGGGAAUUGUGGUAUUCGUAACAAUAUCCAUUUUACAAAAUGCAGUAUUGAGAAUGUCUUAUGUGGUAGGAUCCAGUGUGAAAACAUAAAAAAAUUGCCUUUCUUGCGGAACCACGAAACGCUAGUCCAAACCCCUGUUGGAGAUAAAAAGUGUUGGGGUCUCGACUAUCAUGUCGGGAUGCCAAUAGCUGACAAGGGGGCUGUGGAAGAUGGCACGCCAUGCAGUAGUGACAAGCUGUGUAUCAACAGGACAUGUACCAACGUAUCAGUGCUGAACUACGACUGUAACCUGACAGUGUGUCACAACAGAGGAGUGUGUAACAAUCGUAAGAACUGUCACUGCAGGUACGGCUGGGCUCCUCCGUAUUGUGAAUGGAAAGGAUUUGGAGGGAGCGUUGACAGUGGACCCCCUCCAGUCAGGGAGAUUUUUUGGAGAGCACAAAUAGGACUAAAACUAAUUGGUCUUUUUCUAAUCUGUAUCCUUGGAGUAAUCCUCACCAUACAUUAUAAACAGAAAAUAGUGGAAUGGCUUAGGAGGAAAAGACCCAAUUCCACAGAAGAUAGUUGUUUUAAGUACUGGAAAGGCCAGCAGUUCCUAAAGAACACCUGCUGGUGAGUCAAAAUCCCCCACAAAGCACUUGCCAAAGACCAACAAGCGAUAGCUUUGGAUGCUCCUGGGGAAAUCUCCCUUGAGAAGAGCCAGCUGAUAACUCAUCAAAAUAAUUCAACAUGUUCUGAAUAGUUCUGCUAUCAUUAAAUGCAGAGUAAAUGUUACCUUUGUUUCUUUUAAGUUAAUAAAUGCAGGCAGUAAGGCAUGCUUUUCUUUUUUUGUCUUUGCACCUUGAGCUCUUUGUUAGGCAAACUGUAGGUAUAGGUUUUUAUGCUUCAUAGCAAUAGUUUGCAAAUGUAAACUUCUUAAAAACAGGUAAAUAAAUUAUUUCCUCCAAUUUACUCCUACAUCUAAUGCUUUCUCUAAUUCAGGGGGAGAGAUGUUUGUGAACAUCUUGCUUCUGUCAUUCAUUAAAAAUAAUAAAGAGAAAAAAAUUGCUCUUGCAGUCUUCAUUUAAUUCACAUCUGGGCCACGCAGGCAGGCAAGAAAUGGGUAUUGCAGUGAGAUACAGGUGUCUGUGGGAUAAGCCCUUCCACCUGUUUCCAGAGAGUGGUCCUGCGGGAGGGAGGGGGAUCACAGGGAACAGGGUCUUCAUUUUGUGAGACAGUAGAGAAGUAUUUUCCAGAUCACGCCAGUAAGCAUUACAUUUCCGAACCAUCAGAUAGAUAUACGUCAAGAGUAUAGUGACACCGAACCUGAUGUUUCACAAGAAAAAUUGUCUUUCUUUUCUGGAAAAUUUCCAGUGCCUUGACUGUUGGGUUCUUCUAGAGAAGUGCUGUGUAUUUUAUCGUUGCUAAGAAGAGCUGUAUAUGAGGUUGCACAAGUUAACUGGAUCUCUAAAAUAUUUGGAACUAUUCUGUGAGUCUUCCCCCCCGAACUCCUGCAAUAUUUGAUAGAUGUUUUAUCUAGCUAUCUUGGAGGCUUUCUCUUGGUUUACUAUGUCGUUGCUUCUUAAGCUAUUACU